CAGGAACAGCUGUGUCUACUGCACGGCGCUGUACGCGAACAGCUGAUGCUAGUAGAGACCGAGCGACAGCGCUAGUGCUAUGAUUCAUGGGGCGGUCUUUCUAUACAGCAUAUAUGUACACACAUACAUGCUUCGGAGUAGCGCCGAAGUUCCACGAGCCAGUGUCGGACAGUUAUACACAGGCUGCUGAUAAGUAACUACACAUUAGCACAGUGCCACGCUAGCUGUUGUUUAAGUUACCGCGACAGCUUGUCGGAGUUCUGCCUGUAACUACACAUGAGAGCGUUGUCUGGCAACUGCAAUCCUAAAUGAUGAGGAAUGGAUAUGGUUCUGGAGGAACUCUUGGAGAGGAUACCCCAAACAGGAACUUUAUUCACUUGGAAAGUCUACAGAUGAAUGGGGUGCCGGCUGACGGGGGGAACGAAAACGCACCCCUGAUACCCCCUAGACGCUGGUAUAAACGAGUGUUUUCCACGCUGUUCGGCGUCUAUGACGAUGAUUGCGAGGCCAAGUACAACAUGUUUGGAUUUCGACGGAACCUCAAUACAAUAGCCGGGGUGUUCGCUCCAGUGGCACUCGGCCAGUUUGCCAAUAACGUCUUCCUGCGAACAGGUCCACAAGAAGGCUCUGCACUUUCGUCCUUCAAGCGUGACGUGCACUCAGACAUAUGUAUACACCUCGGCAUGUAUGGAGGAAUUUCACGUUGGUCUGAUUAAUCCUGAGCCCGUGUACCACGCGGUUGUUUGUGUAUAGAAAUGCAAUAUACAGAGACCCCGAUCCCCAACUCUUCCUGCACACACACAUUGUAUGUUUACAGGAGCUAAUCAGCCAGCGGAACGGGUUGAUCUUGGUGAGA